AUCAAUCCACCCACAUUGCCAAGCAUCAACCAAAGGGACAUCAACUAACCGCAACCACCCUGAAUGAGUUUUAUUCAGUUAUUUUUCUCUGGUGAGAUUCUCUUCUGCACUGUUUAACCAUUCCAGUAAAUGCGUUGGAAUUAAGAGUAUUGGCUUGUUAACACAGAAGGUUCAAAUGAAGACACUGUAUUUUUUAUUUUUGAGUUGGGCCCAGAAAUAGCAGUUGCAGUGUUUAAUAUAUUUUGUUUAGUGGGCUCAUUAACCUAUUGUAAAAGCAGUGAGUGUCUGUCUUUUGUUAACAACUAGACAACCAUUCUCAACAAUGUGCAUAGAAGUACAAGCGUUGAAUGAAAUUCCACUGUUCACCUUGUGAGACAGUACCCAUAUACCAGCAGUAUGUUGAAAGGCCACUACUACCCAGAAGAAUCAAGCUGAAUCUGGGCUGUAUUUAAUAAGGUGAUGGCUGCCUUUUUUUUUUUUUUAGAGUUAGAUAGUCAUUCUCACCAAUGUGGCAUUCAGGUUUGAUUAAAAGGAAUGACCAAAGGUGAAUUUGUAAUCGGUCAUGGCUUGUGUUGUCUCAUCAGCAAGAGAUAUGCACCUCGUUUUUUGUAAUAUUCUAUUGUAUUGGGAUCUUGACAUUUCGUACAUUUAAAGAAAAAGGGUCUGUUUCUCUACUUCCUGACUAGCUUAGCCACCGAGUGACAAACCGGAACGCGAUUGGACGGCAGUCUGCUGGGCGGGAGCCAGAGGUGUGUCUUUGUUGAUUCACCAAUGAGAUUAUUUUCUACUUUAAAAACAUCUCUGACGGGCCAAAUUUCGCAUUCUUUCGUGACGUAUAAAUGUAGUGGACGGGACAGACACAUUUCCAAUAACAAUACCGCUAAUCAUCAUGUGGCCUCGGGAACUUACUAACUUGAAAUUAAACCAAAAACUGGCCAAAAACUUUCUGCGUAUAUAUCACUGCUCAAUUUUAUUUUAUGUUUAUGUUGUUAACGAAGUAGUUGGUUGAGUUAGUGUAUCACAAGGAUAGUCGCUAAUGCUAGCUUGCGAGCUAGUUAGCUAACAUUAUCAGCGACCAUGAGCUCAAUACGUUACUACGAAACGAGUGUACCUUCCAAAGAAGAGGUAUAUACGACAGAGAAAGAUGAUAUUGGGCUUAAUAUUGUCGUGAAAGAAGAAUGUGAUUAUAACAAUGUGAAACGUGAGGACUCAGAGAAGACUGGCGCCGUGACCGAAAGUUUAAGAAUGAAGCUGGAGGAAAGUGAUGGCCAUUUUGGGGUGAAAGAGGAAGAGAUGACCGUGGACAUCAUGCAGGAGCAAGAAGAGAUUGGAGACUGGACGACAUUGGAUCAGAUUUUGGAGUGCGAGGCGGAAGGAGGAGAUUCCGGCUCAGAUAGUUUUCUCACGGAUGAUGAGGAGAAUUAUCAGGAUGGAAUCGACCCUGUGGAGGAUGUUGGUGAUAGUUCGGAGGAAGAGGAGCCGGGGCAGCCAGUCUCCUCUGCUGCAGCUCCACGACCCCUCGCCACCACUGCGUCUCCUCCGCGAGCAACUGCUACACUACUGAAGAGAAAAAGGUCUGUCUCUCCUUCUCUGAGGUCCCACCCCCCCCAAACACACAAGCGUUCGCAGUCUGCGGAACGGUUGCGGUCGCCACUCCGGCCUCCUAAACCUGCCGGCCCGACGGCUCAGUGGUGGAAGACUGAGGAGGAUCCAGACGUUGCACCGAUUCCGCCAAGAUUCCUCCCGGCUAGGACCCCUGGGGUGCAGCUGGAUGCCACCAUGGAGCUCAGUCCUGUGGGUUUAUUCAAGCUCUUCUUCAGUGACCUAGCGGUGACAACACUGUGUGACAACACAAACAAAAUGGCUGACAGGAGUAUUGCCAGGGGAAGAAAGUACAAGUGGGUUCCCGUCACCCCGCCAGAACUCUUCAAGUUCAUCGGCGUUGUCCUGUAUAUGGCCGUCCUCAAGCUGCCGACGAUAAAUGACUAUUGGAGACAGAGGAACGCGUUCUCAGUCCAAUUUCCUGGCACGGUUAUGGUAAGAGACAGGUACCGUAUGAUUUCCUGGAACCUUCACAUGAGCGACCCGGCUGAGGAUGUCGUCAAUGACAGAAAAAAGGCGACCUCUGAAUAUGAUGCGCUCUUUAGACUGAGGCCGCUCUUGGACCAAAUCAGGACUGCAUGUAAGACCUCCUACCAUCCCCAUAAGAACAUCUGUAUCGGCGAGAGGAUGUUUGCCACGAGGCCGAGGCCUGGGGCUAAAUUGACAAAGUGUGCGUUCAAAGUGUUUUCGUUGUCCGACUCCCACAACGGAUAUGUUUCAGACUUCGCUGUAUACACGGGCAGGAGUAGGUUUCCCGCCGGCACUGGGCUGUCCUUUGACUCCGUGGUUCAACUCAUCGAUCCGUCGUUCCUCGGCACAGGUUACAACCUAUUCUGUGACAGUUUCCACACCAGCCCGAGGCUGUUCCGACACCUGUGGUCCUUGAAGUUCGGCGCCUGUGGCAUGUUUCGCAAGGGGCUGAGGGAUGUUCCGAAAAGCACCGUCAACACCCUCUCCAAGAGGUCCCCUCAGGGGUCCCUGAGGUGGAUCCGAGAGGACCACCUCCUGUUUGUGCGGUGGAUGGACACCCGUGAGGUGUCGGUGUGCUCCAGCAUUCACCCCGCCUACUCCGGCGAGACCGUCAAACGGAAAGAGAAGAAGGUGGAUGGAAACCGGAAGGAGAUCCACGUCCCUGUCCCCGCCCCGGUUACGGAGUACAACAGGUACAUGGGGGGCGUCGACCUGUCCGACCCGCUGACUGAGCACCACAAGACCAAGAGGUGGUACCGGACCGUGUUCUUCCACCUCGUGGACCUGGCCGUCGCCAACAGCUACGCGAUGCACAAGGAACUCUGCCAGGCCCAGCAGACCGACCCCAUGACCUACAAAAUGUUCAUAGAGCGGCUUGUGGCAGAGCUGUGUGGCACGACGGGGCGCACACCCCCGGCGCUGAGGAGGUCCGGACACAUGCCCGUGCCCUUCUCUGUCCCGGUCGACCCGGCCCGGAAGGCUACAGCCGGGCGCCAGCGGUGUAGAAAGUGCCGGAAUGACGGAAUCAAGAACCUCAGUCCCUGGAAGUGUGACGAGUGCAACGUGGCCCUCUGCCUCAUCGUUGACAGGAACUGCUUUCAACUUUGGCACAACAUGUAGCCGGAAAAGCAGCCAAGGGGACCUGAAAUCAUAUGCGACAUCAGAUUCUGUAGGAAGGCCUUUCCAAUGCUCUCAGUGUGGACAGAGAUUC